UCUCGUCGCCAGUGUCGCUCGCCAUGCCGACAACCACCGCUGCUUCCAAGCACGUCAAGACCACCGCCGACUUACAAAAGGCGAUCUUUCAGACAAAGCUAACCAAUGACCCAACCAGAGCAGUCCCGACAGCCGAAUUUGAUCGCUUCUUCAAGCUUAUCGACUCCGUCAUCGACGAGUGCUCGCCCACAAACAUCCAGGUUUGCAUAUAUCACUGCUCAGUCCAACUUACGCGCCGACUCUGAACUAACGUGGACCGUGUGUCAACAGCAAUGUCGCGCAUGGAUCUUGGAUUUCAUUAGCCCCUCAACCCCUGGUAUCGCGACCCUGGCAGCAUACCUCAACCACAAAUUCAAGACCUGUCUAGACCUCCAGCUUCCCAACAGCAGAUGCCCG